CAAAAGUUUUGCAGCUUGGCUAUCGUUUCAUACAAAACAGAUUACUUCAAGUAAUUAUACGAUCGCGAGUUGAUACAUAUGAUAUACAAUUUAAUGUUGAUUUAGUUUUCCUACACUUGAAAUUAAAUGUUAUUUUUUUCGGUUGCUGUGUAUCUAAUGAAAUCUCCGGUUAGAUGGAAUGGAUCUUGUUUAAUAAAGGGCGCAGUUGAUUAUAAAUAUUCAGAAGCUUGUGACCACUUUUGCCACGAUCGUUGGGAGAAUUCAGACGGAAAAUAUCUACCCUGAGUGAGCGACUAAUUAAAUAUUGACAACAAUGGAUUCUGAUUCCGAGAGUCAAGACAGCGACGAUGGGCGACGAUUUCGUUUCGAAGCAACCCGAAAAGAUAACGUGCGACCAGAACCGAAAUUUGGGAAACGUACAAGGUCGAAGUCCGAACACAAAUCUGAUUACGACGAUGCAGAUUACAAAGACAGAAAAGACAAAUCCAAGCACGACAGUAGAAGAGAGCACAGAUCCUCCAAAGAGCGAGAAACAGAGGACAGGGAUCUCAGACAUGUUUCCAAGCAUUCGAAGCAUAUUCAUGAAUUGAAAGGUUCUAGACGCGAGAGCAGUAAAGAAGGGAAAGACUAUAAAAGUACAAGAGACGUUAGCGUGGACUCUAGAACGUUCGGUUUGUCUUCGAAGCAAAAGACAAGAGACACAAAGCAGCACAGAAGUCGAGAUCAGAGCGAGCAUAGGAAGCACAGGUCUCAAGAUCGAUCACACAGUAGAAACGAGGAUGAUAGAUCGUCACAGAACGACAAGUAUAGGAACAAAUCACACGAACAGAAAUACAAGCACCGUUCUCGCGAUAGAAGCUAUCAGUCACACAGACAGAGAUCGUCUGAUCGUGGUAAAUCUCGAGGGGAAUUCGAGAAGCAGAACUCGCAUAAGAGAACACUGACGAAAGAGGAUGCGGAUCAGCAAUUGCAGGAGUUCUCCUCGCCCAAGAAUGCGGAGCACAACCGCAGCGACAACGAAUUACCGGCGACGAGAGAUCUAUCGAGUGAGAGUCAGGGAUACAAGGAAUUAGAUUUGUCUGAAUUCGACGUUCUGUCCGAAACGGACGAGAACAUGUCCGACGACUCUGAUGCGAAAGAUAGGUGUUCAUUUUCAAGGUAUCACAAGACGAAAACGAAAAAGAGAAUUUCGAACGACGAACAUGAGAAUUCAAAGAAGAAACAAGCGACAGAAAACGAACACUCGGACAGCUCCCCUAAGGUAAAUGCAAGGAAGGGUGAUCCGUCGUAUGGUUCCAGUAAUAAUAAUCCUGGUGCCAUUUCAGAUUCCGCAUUUGGUGACGCGUCGUCUAUGUUAACGGAAUCAAUCAUGGAUAAUUGCACGAACGAUCUUGACAAAAGUCCCAAUCUCGACGCAAGAGAAAAGACGAUGACGACCGAUUCGAAUAGUAAACUGGAAAAGUCGAGCUCUGGCGAAACAACUUCCUUGCACCUUAGUAAUUGCGAUUCUCCAGAGCCCGCGAAACUAUCGUCUUCUGAAGAAGACACGACUUACGGUCCGGUUCUACCGCCGCAACUGAUGACUGAUCACGCCACUACUGCGAAAUCAGCGAAACACGCGAGCUUCAUAGGACCUUGUUUACCAGAGAAUUAUGUGCAAGAGGAUACCGAGAGACUCGAGGCUGACGCGGAAGAUCAGAUUAACGAAAAUGAUUCCGACGAAGAUUCAACGAUCAUUUUUGGCCCAGCUUUACCGCCGCAUCUGCUAGAACAAAAGCACAGUAACGGAACAGAAGCGAAACUUAUAGGUCCCGCUCCUCCAAGCGCGAUUAAACCCUCCAACAACGAACAAACAGAGCAAUCAGAUUCUGAGAACGAAGACGCGAUUGGUCCUUUGCCGGCCGAUCAUCCAGCAUUGAGGAGCAGUUACGUGUACAGGCAAUUGGAGCACAGAGCGCAACAAAUUAAAAGUAAACAAAUGAACGAGGAUAGCAAUACUUUGAAUCAACGGGAAGAAUGGAUGACGGAAUUGCCACCAGCACAGAUCAGCAACCUACAGUUGGGGCCACGAAAGUUCCGCGUUAGGUCAGGUCCAGAUAUGUCUGAUAGAUCGUGUUGGACGGACACUCCAGCUAAGAAAGCUGAAAAACAGAGGCAAAAAGAAGAAAAAGAGUUCUACAGUUGUCAGAAGUCCUCCUCGAAAUCUCCUGAAAAGAGUCUUGAAGCUGAAGCCGGGAAAAACAAAAGGCGUGAGAAAUCGCUUUUGGAAAUGCACCAGAGCAAGCUUCAAAAGAAGAAGAAGAAGGAAGAAAAGGAAGUUAAGUUGACUGGACAGACUGUUAGAAGACCGUUCGACAGAGAUUUAGACUUGCAGGUAAAUAGAUUCGAUCAAGCGCAAAAGAGUGCUAUCAUAAACAAAGCACGGUGUCUUGACGAUAGGUUUUCUCGUGGAAAGAUCUAAUAAUUUCGUAGGAAGUUCAUAAGACUUAAUAAAUAAUUGAGUUUUGCGAAACUUAUAAUGGUAAUUUGGCUCACAGUAAGCGAUAUCGCUAAUGAGUGCCUUGAACUAUAAAUAAUAUAGAUCAAUCUUCGUUUAAGAUUGGGUCGAAUUUGAUUUUUGUUCUGUUAUGAUUUUUUAAAAGAUUUGUAUCGUCCCAUUUGUUCACUGCUCAACUAUUUCAUCGAUUGUUGAUUGUUAACCAUGUAAAAUGUUAACCUCUCAAGAAUAUCAAUUCUUCCAUCAUGUACAUUUUUAAGUGAAUCUGACAUAAUCACCCUAAAUAUGUAUAAAGAAAUACAUACAUAACUUUUUUUUAUUGAUUUUUCUGAUAAUUAUUGUACCAGAAAUCUGUAUUAUGUAUAUACAUUGUAGUAUUGAACUGUAUCCUCUGUAAAUGACUGUUCUUCGUAUCUGCGAUGUGUAUAUACAUGUAACAUUUGUCUACUGUAUUAUAAAACAUUGUAAUUCAGGAACUGUUUUAAGUGGAAAUACGGAAUCAUAAAGACGUACAUUCUAUGUACAGACACUGAAAAACAACAUACGCUUUUCUUCUUAUGUUAUUGUGUCACAGACUCAAUUUUAUCUGUGAUAGCUAAAAAAAAACUAUGUCAAUGUACUAUGUUUAUUGCCCAAUAUAAGAGUUACGAUUGCACCAUACGUGCUUUAAAUAUACUUUUUAAAAAAAUUAUUAUACACGUUCAAUGUGUUUAACAAAUCAAAUAAGAUCUUUUACUCACUUCCCGAAUAUGGAAAAUAUCAUUUUGUUCGCAAGAAAAACAAUGAAAAUCUUGGCAAAACAUUGCAUGUUUGUUCCUUUUAAAAAAGAGCUAGAACCAUAAAAUUUUGAAAAUACAGUUUACAAACGAACGUGAACAUUGAAACCUAAUGAUUC